UCGGAUCCUGUCUCAGACCGUAAGAGACCGUAAUCGCGCGCGCAUCUGCUGCCAAGUCUUUUACCAGAUUUAUUAUUUAACAGUCGUAAUUACUUUCGCUGCAUCUCGUAUUAAUAUCACCGAGGUAAGGUCGCAGUUCCGUUUUACUCACACAAAUAUUUUAAAUAAAAUUCAAGUACCGCGCUUAAGUACUUGAUCGCCGUGAAGUGAACACUGUGUCAGUUUAAUAAAAUCAAAUAAAAAUAAUGAUGAUAGUUUAAUUAAAAUAUUAAUUAGAAAAAUAUUAAUUUAUAUUUUCGCGGGUGAUUUGUCAAGUUGUUGAUUGUAACAGUGGAGCCAAUAAUUAAAAACAAAUGCAACGCAUGACUGUUCAGAUUCAGACAUUGUGUUUUGCCAGUGGAUUGUCGUCGUUCUGAUAUUUACAUCCAUUUUCUUCAUUAUAACAUCAAUAAUAGUAAUAAUAAUAAUUAUUAUUAUUAUUAUUGAAUAUUUAUUACUGACGUAAAAUUAAUCUACACGGAAUUAAACCGAGUGAGCCAUAAAGUAGUUGUCUGUUAAAAAAAUAUAAUUACUUGUGGAAUCUACGUAGAGAUCCUGGUAGGACCUAGACGUAGACCUAGUGCAUCGUUGACAACCGCGGAGCGGUUACUUAUCAGCCAAAAUUCGGGUUAAGAACAGAGAACCGUUGCCAUCCUACGCGAUGGAAAUAAGCGACGAGUACCAGGACAUGGGGAAUCCUGGCGGUGGAGUUGCUAUUGCUAACAUGCCUAUGCAUCAUCGCCAGACACCGGACAGCUCUGAGCUGGUUCUACGGUUGAUACAUACAUCCAUACACACUCGUGAACUACACACCGAAAGCAUGUUCCAUGUGGGCUCACAUCAGGAGGAAGAAUCGGACCCAGACCAGGAUGAGGAAAGUGGAGAAGAAUUACCACAACAGCCUCUCCAGAACAAUACUCACUUAUCUGAAAACACAUCUGGAAACAUUGGCGGUGCUCCUCUUCCAGUGCCCUCACACAUCGGCAAUUUUCUGAACCCACAUUUCCUCAGCAAACUCAAACAAGAGCCGUCUGAAGUUGACAUGAUGAACUCAAAGUCAAAUUUAGACGCUAUUCACGCGGCUAUGACUAACGGGUACCCUGGAUUUCCGUUUCCCGCCCCGUUUCUUCAGCUCCAACACUUGAACCCUGGACAAAACCGCGACGCGGCUGCUGGAAACGCUCUCGUUUCUUCAGCCAGCUCUCACUCGAGCGAGUCGUCUCAGAGCUCAUCUCGCAAUAACAAUGACCCGCGAGACAACGGGCAAUCAAACAUGAACAAUAACAACUCCGCGAACUCGGGCCAGCAGCCCUCCAGCUGGAGCUUCGAAGAGCAGUUCAAACAGGUGCGUCAGUUGUACGAAAUUAAUGACGACCCAAAGCGCAAAGAAUUCCUUGAUGAUCUCUUCUCCUUCAUGCAAAAACGUGGAACUCCAAUCAAUCGAUUACCUAUUAUGGCAAAGUCUGUUCUUGACCUGUACGAACUAUAUAAUUUAGUGAUUGCCCGAGGUGGUUUAGUAGACGUAAUAAACAAAAAAUUAUGGCAAGAAAUUAUAAAAGGCUUACACCUGCCCUCGAGUAUUACUUCUGCUGCGUUCACUUUACGUACACAGUACAUGAAAUAUUUAUACCCGUACGAGUGCGAGAAGCGACGACUAUCGACACCAGCGGAGUUGCAGGCGGCGAUAGACGGGAAUAGACGGGAAGGACGUCGCAGCAGUUACGGAGCCUACGGAGGAGGUAGUGGUGAUAACAUGAUAUCACGCACCCCGAGCACACCUGGUUCAUUGGCACUGCAUGCACAAAUGUCACCGCUAUCUUUAGUAUCUGCGUUGGGGCAGCACCACGGGGCUCAGGCGAUCGCUAACGGCAGCACAGCACACACACCUCUGCCAUACCAUCCUCAUCAUCCCCAACAUCAGCAAGCCGCCGGGCUGAUGGCGGGUGGACCGCCGGCUGAUUUUGACGCUCGCGUAACAGACUAUCUGAAAAUGCUACACCGAGACUUUCACCGUGGCACAGGAGCAACCUCGCCGCCGAUGACGCUGAAGCACCAGGGUUCCCCAGAAGAUACGCCCCCGCGCGACACAAGAGAGGCGCUGAUGGAGAUGUCGAAGCUGACCCUGUGGAACAUGUACAACCCUUUGUACGGAGGACUGGCCCAGCCGCCGGUGUCACCGCAGACCUCGCACUCGCCGCACCCGCAGUCGACGAGCCCAGAGCCGCAGAGAGAAGCCCUCGACCUGGGGCUCCGCACAUCUCCAACCUCGACGUCGCCGCUCCGCCACAGCUCGCCCUCCUCCGGCGGAAGUCUCCAAGUAAAGAAAGACCGGGACUCCCACGAUCCCUCCGCAUUCAUCUCCCACAAACGGACCCUCUCCGAAGACGAGGGGCCUCAUGAGAAAAUCCCCGCCCUUCCCGGGACUCAUAUCAAGAUCUCGAACCGCGGAGACGGCAGGAACGGCGACAACUCCCUCGCCGUCAGCAUGGAGAUCAACGGAAUGAUGUACCAGGGUGUUCUUUACGCACAAAGCGACAACAAUAAUAAAUCUAUCAGUAUGAAUAAUAAUAACAACAAAACAAGGAGUUUAGUAUCGUGAAUUUUCUAUUAAUUAAUAUUCUUUUCUUA